AUGGUGAACUCGGAUGUGAUGAUUUACCUGCAGCCCCUGAACGGAGCGGAUGAUGUUCUGAGUGUGAAGCUGAGCGAUGCUCGAUAUAGUCCUACUCAGGGAAGCAGCCCUGUAGGAGGUUCUGAUCCAACAGCUCUCAGCGUCAGACCGGAGCAGUCGUCGCGCAGUCUUCAUGGAUGGAAGUGGAUCGUCUCAUACUCGGCCAUGCUCUCUACGACCUUCCUCUUCUCCCUAGAUAAUACCAUCGUGGCCAAUAUCCAGCCGUCCAUCAUCGAGGAUUUCGGCCGGAUCGAUCUGCUCCCUUGGAUCGGCACCGGGUUCGCCCUGGGCACCAUGGCCGUGCUCCCCUGGGGCAAGGUAUACGGCGUGUUCGACAUCAAGCUCGUGUAUAUGUUCAAUAUCGUCCUAUUCGAGAUCGGCAGCGCAAUCUGCGGCGCUGCGCCAAAUAUCUACGCUCUUAUCCUCGGACGCGUCAUCGCUGGCGUCGGCGGCUCCGGCAUGUACUCCGGCACCCUCACGUACGUGUCCGUGCUGACCGACUUGCGUGAGCGGCCGGCAUAUCUGGCAGGUAGUACUGUGGUCUGGGGCAUCGGCAGCGUUCUCGGUCCCGUGGUAGGAGGCGCGUUUGCCGUCAGCCCCGCAACGUGGCGAUGGGGGUUCUACAUCAACCUUGUCAUCGGCGCUGUCUUCGCUCCGGCAUAUCUCCUCCUGUUCCCGCGGAUCAACCCACGACCGGACAAGAGCUUGGCACAGAAAUGUAGCAUGAUUGAUUGGAUCAACACCGCCGUCUUCUUGGGAGGCUCUGCCAUCCUCAUUGUCGCCAUCUCUUUCGGUGGUGUGGUGUUCCCUUUCAGCUCGGGUCCAGCGAUCGCCCUGUUUACCCUCUCAGGGGUUUUCCUUGUGGCCUCCAUCCUCCUUAUGAAGUACCAUCCGUUGGUUUCUUAUGAAAACCGCCUGUACCCGGCACACUUCCUCAAACGCUUCAUUUUAUUCAAUAUGCAGCUUCAAGUCUUCCUCGUCUCGGGAAUAGUCUUGUCCAUGACUUAUUAUAUCCCGUUAUUCUUUCAAUUCGUAAGGGGGGACGGCCCACUCGAGGCGGGCGUCCGACUCCUGCCACUCGUGAUCUUCCUUGUCGUUGUGUCUUUGGUGCAGGGCGUGCUCAUGCCCAGGUUCAGCUACAUCUCUCCAUGGUAUAUUGGUGGUAGCGCGCUUGUGCUGGCCGGGUGCGCUCUCAUGUAUACGGUUCAUGAAACAACUCCCAACGCCAAUAUCUAUGGCUACACUAUCUUGGUCGGUGCAGGAGCUGGCUUUUACAUCGUGGCCGGCUUUGGCAUCGUCCAGUCUCUUGUUUCUACUGAGGAGAUAGCCAACGCCGUCGGUGCCAUGACGAUUUCCCAGGACCUCGGCAUGGUGCUCUUCCUAGCCAUUGCCGGUUCGCUAUUCCACAAUCUCGCCGUGCAGAAGGUCGGCACUGUCCUGCCAGAUGUCGCGCCAAGUGACAUCGGAGACUUGAUUGCCGGCACGAGCAGUGCCACGUUCCAGAUGCUUUCGGACACUGACAAGGCCGCUGUCAUCCCGCAGAUCGCCAACGCGCUGACCGGCGUCUGGAUCUUCUUUCUGGCCACUGCCGUUUUGAGCUUCGUGUUCACCUUCCCCCUUAUUCUUUGGAAGAAAUCCUAA